CAAAUUGGAAAAUUUUUUAAAAAGACACACUUUCGCUUUCCGCCACCAUCUUCCUCCUUCUUAACCGACCACCACCAUUUCUACCGCGAAAAAUGGCUCAGGCCACCUUGCUUCAGCUGCUCAACGUUCCAGAUGAAGACGAUAUCGACGACGUUGUCGACCAAGUAGAAUUUCAACAUUCCGACGGCCGGCGCCGCCACCGCCACCGCCACCGCCACCACAACCGUCACGACCGACAGCUGGACCCAUAUUGGUCCUCCGAAUUCGAAAUCUUCGGUUCAGAUCUCUCCUCCGAUUUCUCGCCAUCAGAUGUCCUUCCUCUUACCAGAAACCUCAGCGGACAGCGCACUCAGUCAUUGUUCAUCGACUCGUUAAACGACGACGUCUCUGAACCGGAAUCGGUCAUCACCAGUGCUGAUAUCUUCGACCGCGAGAAUCAAGUUAAUUUCGUCAUGGACCUCCUUCACCAGCGAGUUGAGCAGUCCCAAUUACCCGCAACCCAUUUGGCGAUUGACCCGGACUUUUCUGAUGCUGCCCAGGGUUUCGACCCUCAAUUUGGGACUGUUCAAGGCAACGAUGAUAUUGACCCGACCCAAUUGGAUCCUGAUCUGGGUUUGGGGUUUCUGGACUCGCCGGAGGUGGGAAAUUCGGGUUUCGUGGAGGAGAACUUUGACAGCGAGGAGCAUUUCGUUACCGGUUUGCGGGUUGUAGAUAUGGGUUCGGAAUCGGAUUCUGAUUUAAGCGAUGUGGAGAUUGAAUUCGAUGCUGACGAUGACGAUGAUGUAGAGAAUGCAUGUGCUGAGCUGAGUGACGAGGGUGAUGAUGACCCAAGUUUGGGGCUUUGUUGGGAUUCAUUUCAGAUUGAGGAUCAUAGGGAGCCGAAUGAGGAUUUGGAGUGGGAGGAAGUGGACGAAGGGGUUGAUGAGAGAGAGGUUUUAAGCAUGUUUUUGGAUGAUGAUGAUGAUGAUGUGUCAGUGAUGGCAAGGGAGGAUAUGAUUGGUGUGAUGGGGGGUUUGGAGUGGGAGGUUUUGUUGAAUGUGCACAACAUGGAGGCAAAUACUGAGAUUGGGACUGAGGGAUUCAAUGAACUGAAUUUUGGUGAUCAUGAGCACGAUGAGUAUUAUGCCACCGAGUAUGAUAUGUUGUUUGGGAACUUUGCAGAGAGUGAAAAUCCCUUGAUGGGCAAGCCACCGGCUUCCAAGGAUGUGGUCAAGAAUCUACCUUUAGUGGUUUUCACUGAAGAGGAUUUGGAAAAGAAUGAUUUGAUUUGUGCUGUUUGUAAGGAUGACAUGGCUGUUGGCCAGAAUUCGAGGCAGUUACCUUGUAAUCAUAGAUAUCACGGGGACUGUAUUUUGCCGUGGCUGGGGAUCAGGAAUACUUGCCCUGUUUGUAGGUAUGAAUUGCCUACUGAUGACCAAGCGUACGAAAGGAGGAAGAAUAGCCUAAGAGCCGCUCUUCUUCAUUGAAGGUUAUGGAUCCUUACAAAUGCAUCCAUCUACUUGCUGGAGCUGUUGACCUAAGAUAUGUCGAAAUUGUGCUUUCUGAUCCCCUAGGGUGUGUUUCUCUGUUGAAUCAAAUGUUUAAUCACAGAGAUCAGACUUCUGAGGAUGUUGAUGAAUUCAGACCUGAAAUUGGAAGAAGCUGACUUGUUAUGACCAUUUAUCGUGUCAAAGUGUACUUGGUGAAGACGAGACAACCAGGAAAUGAAGCAUCUAGAUGUAGUACUAUUAUCAUCAUUAUUUUUGACCUCCAUAGAGAUGUAAUUUUCAAUUUCAACCACAGAAUGAUGAUUUGCCAAGAGCCUUCUUUUUUUUUUUUUGGGUUGUUGUUGGAGGCAGUGGAAUACCCUAUCCAUAUGUGUAAGUAAUGUAAAACUCCCAUAUGACAAAAUUGCGUAGUGUACAUGUGAAAAAUGGUUGUCAAUGUUUGCAGUAUAUCUUGUCUAUGAGCUAUAUUGUAUCCCUGUUUUUAAGAUUAAUGUCUGUUAAUGAAAAUGUCAGAGCUUUGCGGGGUGGCAUACUGGCAAUAGAUCCUUUUGCCUGCUUCCAAAUUGUUCGAAAUCCCAUCCCAUCGCAAACACUCAUAAUUAAGCAUCUUUUUUUUAUUUUUUUUAUUUUUUUUUGUGGCAUCCUUUUCCAUGAUAAGAAUGAAAACCCGGAAUAGCUGAUGAUGUUAGGUUGUACCUGAGGGGAAAAUGCCUUUUCCUGAGUUCACCGC